CACCCAUCAUCCCUGAUUUCCAGGACAACCAGCAUUGCGACCUCACAGGAGCCACAACCUAGACUGGGAAAACAUGGGUCUGAAGCUGCUUGAGUCCCGACUAUGUCUCCUGUUGCUGCUGGGACUUCUCCUGAUGGUUGCCUCAUUCCAGGUUCCACCUGGUUUAACCCCUUCCCGGUGGUUCACAAUCCAGCACAUAAGGACUAGUGCUACCAUCCAAUGUGAUGGCGCAAUGCUGGGGGUUAACAGAUACACAAGAAGAUGCAAGGACAUAAAUACUUUCCUUCAUACACGUUUUGCUAAUGUGGUUAAUGAGUGUUUCAAUAGAGAUACUAACUGCAAGAACGAACGAACAAUUUGUCAUGAUAGUUCAUCUCAAGUAUCUAUAACUUACUGUAACCUCACAACUCCGUCAGCAAAUUAUAUAAAAUGCAGAUACCAAACGACACACGACAUGAAGUCCUACACA